AGCUCGUGCAGCUCCACCCACCUGCCGAUAAAAGCCAAACCCUCACCGGAGCUGCUGUUCAGCGUCUGUCCCAGACUCCUCAAAGCUUUGUGAUACUUCCACCCCACAGCAGCAGUCGCACACACAAAGGGCCCAGCAGGACUGCAGCUCACACCUGGCUGGAUCUCGUGCACGGCCGUCGUCCCACUCAUGCCUUGGAAAAAACCCAGAAGGGCAGCGUAGAGUGAGGGGAAGUAGAGGAGAAAGCAGACGAAGGAGGCGCAGCGACGACCUUCAGGUUGAGAGGAGGAAAAAUCUGACAAAAAUGGAGGCUGUACCCCUCCGUUCUUUUCGUCUACUCAUCACAGUGUUCCAGCUGUGUUUAUUACGUCUGGCCAAUGGAGGGGCGUAUUAUGGACAUAAGCAGCCGCCUCAACAGCACCAGCCCCUGCCACAGUACAAUGACGGGUAUCCUCAGCAGCAGUUUAUGGGGAACGAGAUGCCACACCUGCCUUAUGGCAAAGAAGUGCCAUUACUGCCUCAGUAUGGCAAAGAGCUUCCUCAGCUGCCUUUGCAAAUUGGCAAAGAGAGGCCACUGACUGAUAGCAAAGGACAAACAUUCCCCAGAGGGGCUAAAGGUCCACCUCCCCCUGUUCCUGGUGGAGAGGGUCUAAGAGAGGGACCACAAGGAGUUCAGGGCCCCCCAGGACCAACUGGACCACCAGGACCACAAGGCCCAUCUGGGCUUCCAGGCCAGGGGUUGCCAGGUUUCCCAGGAAAGCCAGGGCCUACUGGUCCUCAGGGCUACCCAGGAAUUGGAAAACCUGGCAUGCCAGGAUUGCCAGGAAAACCUGGAGGACCUGGAUUACCAGGACCAAAAGGUGACCUUGGUCCUAGUGGUGGUGAGGGAUCAACUGGACUUCCUGGACCUCCAGGGCUCCCAGGUCCCCCUGGACUCCCUGGGAUUUCAAAACUAGGAGUUCAGGGGCUGCCUGGACAGGUAGGUCCUCCAGGGGAGCCUGGCCAAAAGGGUCUUCCUGGGCUUCCUGGUCCUUUAGGGCCCAAGGGAGAGAAAGGACUCGGUACACCCGGUUUACCAGGUUUAAAAGGACCGAGUGGACCAUCAGGUCUACCUGGAAAUGUGGGCCUCCCUGGGGUUGGUAAACCUGGCCUGAAUGGUCUCCCUGGACAGCCAGGGAUAUCAGGAAAACCUGGUCCUUCUGGAGAGCCAGGACUGGCAGGGCCACCUGGUGAAAGAGGCCAACCAGGACCACCAGGCUUACCAGGAAUUGGGAAACCAGGAAAAGAUGGUUUGAGAGGGCAACCAGGGCUCUCUGGGGGGAAAGGGGAACCAGGUCCUCCUGGUUUACCAGGGGGUCCAGGCUUGCCAGGCUAUGGUAAACCAGGAUUUCCAGGGCCUAAGGGUCACAAGGGACAUGCUGGUCUCCCUGGACCUCCGGGCCUAAAAGGUGAUAAAGGUCACGGAGGUCUUCCCGGAGUCAUUGGUCCCACUGGUUUUAGUGGUAUGCCUGGCCCACCAGGUCCAAUAGGACCUCCUGGUAGUCUUGGCUUCCCAGGGCAAAAGGGAGAGGAUGGUGUCGGGGGACCAAAAGGAUAUCCGGGAAUGAAGGGUGACAUAGGGCCUCCAGGUCUUCCAGGGCAGCCGGGUUUAUCAGGAGCGAGUGGACUACCAGGACCAAGAGGUUUUCAAGGGCCCAUUGGCCCCAAAGGAGGACCUGGUUUUAGGGGUUCACCUGGUGCCCCUGGUGUUGGAGGACUACCUGGACCAAGAGGAGAGGAGGGACAACCUGGAGAGAAAGGCCACCAGGGUCCACAGGGUAUUCCAGGACUUACGGGACCAGGGGGACCAAUCGGACCUCCUGGGCUGCCAGGGCAAAAAGGCGAAACAGGCCUGCCUGGUAAACCUGGCUAUCCUGGUGAGGGAAAGCCAGGCUUUCCUGGUCAUAUUGGUCCUCAAGGUAACCCUGGCCCUAGUGGGCCUGCUGGACUUCCAGGGCAACCAGGACUACCUGGACCCCCAGGUCCUCCAGGACUACCUGCUACACCUCCAGACCUCGGACAGAUCCUCCCGGUGAGCGGCCCAUACAACGGCCAAAAACAAGUUCACAAGAAGAAUGGAGGUGACAUUGGUGGAAAUGGGCUGGAGAUGCCUGCGUUCACAGCUAAGCUCACAAAUCCAUUCCCUCCUGUUGGCUCUCCUGUCAUCUUUGACAAACUGCUGCACAAUGGCAAUCAGAACUACAAUCCCCAAAACGGUAUUUUCACCUGUAGCAUACCAGGGAUCUACUAUUUUGCUUACCACGUCCACUGCAAAGGAGGCAAUGUGUGGGUGGCACUGAUGAAGAACAAUGAGCCAGUCAUGUACACAUAUGAUGAAUACAAAAAAGGCUUGCUCGAUCAGGCAUCGGGCAGUGCUGUACUGCCGUUACGACAAGGAGACACUGUGCACAUACAGCUGCCAUCUGACCAGGCUGCAGGACUUUAUGCUGGUCAGUAUGUCCACUCAACAUUUUCUGGAUACUUAUUGUACCCAAUGUAAGAAAUGUGUAUAAACAAAGCAACAAUAAUGACAUAUUGAUGGUAAAUUUUACCAUGUCUGUGGUAAAACUUUAGAUACAAUUUAGGUCAAGUUAAAUGGUUUACAAUGAAUGGUGGACAAGUGAUCUUAUUUCAAUCUAGAGUAGCAAAAUGCUUUAUUGAAUGAUUGUUUGCAUUACAUGCGUAAUGCAAUGACAGACAUAAGUGGAGUCUCAGUCAUUGGCUAUGAUAUAUAAGUUUCAGUAAAGUUUCUUGUGAUUGUUCUGGGUUGUGGAGAGCAGAGAUUUAAAAAAAAAAAAAGUACGACGAAAUAUCUCAGUUGUCACGGUUCUUGUAUGUUUACAUUUAUUACAUUUAAUCUUAUAUCCAUCCACAUACAAUAUAUCGUGACAUGGCUGCAAUAAUUCCUGGAACAAUGAAUCUUUAUGUUGCAGGGUUGUAUUCACUUUUCACUGUUUGUUUUGGGGUUUUUUUAGCUUGACAGUUCUAUACUGUGUACUGGGCACAUAAGAACAUAUUAGUUUCAUUGUACAAUGCAUUUACUCAUGACCAUCAGAACAUAAUGUUUGUUUAUGUAUUUGGGGUCAUCAUACAGUUAUUAAGUUAUUGUUAGUCUUAUUUUAUGAAAAUGCAGCUUUUUUACACAACAAGAUCAUCAUACAUUUUUUAAAUAUUCAGCGAACAGUAAAGUAAAUAUUUGGGUGACUUUGUAAAACCUAUUUUCAUUUUUUUUAUCUCAGUCACGAACAGAACAUAAAAAAUACUUUGCAGUUUUUCCCACAAUUUGGCAGUUGAUCUAUCUUUUGACUCUUUGCUUUUGACCAUGUCAAAGUUUGAGUUUUCUUGUUUUGUUUGUAAUAAAUAUGAAUUCUUUGAAAGGUUUUUGUCAGUUUUCUCUGUAAUUUAUUUGUUUGACUACUGAUUACUUGGGAUUAUGUUGAUUUCUGUGUGUUGACAGUAAAUGACGGAAUUCAUUCCGAAAUGCAGAACUCAACGUACGCAAAUAUUCACAAAUAUUUGAAAAAAUGUUCACGCCCAUACCCAUUCAUAACACCACUUGCCAGUUUCUUAAAUUUAUGUGGAUGUGCAAUUGUGUUUUUGUCUCUUUUUUUUUUUUUUUUUGCUU